AUGAGACAAAUAAAAUUUUUGACAAUGGAUAAUUUUACAAAUACAGAUAAUAACAAUAAUAAUGAUAAUAACAAUAAUAAUAAUAAAAAUAAUGAAAAUAAAAUUGUUGAAAUAAACUCAACACCAAUGUCAACCCAAAAUGUAAAUAAUAACAAUACCACCAAUAAUAAUAAUAAUGAUAUUGUAAAUAAUAAUUUAAUGAUAAUGAAAUCCAAAAUUAUAGCUACUAGUUCAUUAGUUUCAAGAUUUAAAGAACUUCAAACACAAAACCAAUUUAUAACACAAGAGAAUGAUAAAUUAAAAUUAAUUUUAAAUAAUCAACAAUUUCAAUUGGAACAAAAAAAUAUAAAUAUAGAAAAUUUAAAUAAUAAAUUAAAUAAUCAAAUUCAAAUUAUUAAUAAUAAUAGGAACAAUAAUAAUAACAAUAAUAAUAAUAAUAAUAAUAAUAAUAAUAAUAAUAAUAAUAAUAAUAAUAAUAAUAAUGAAAAACAUUUUGAAAAUAAUUGUAAUAGUAGUAAUAAUAAUAAUAAUAAUAAUGAAAAACAUUUUGAAAAAUUAUAUGUAAAUGAACAAAAAGAAACUAAAAAUUUAAAGUUUCAAUUAGAUACUGAAAUUAAUAGUCAUUUACCAUUAAGAACAAAGAUUUCAAAAUUAGAAGAAACAAUUGAAAGAAUUAAUAAAGAAUUGGCAUCAAAAGAUGCUGAAGUUAUAUCAAUGAAUUCUUUAAACGUUCAAAUUCGUGCAAAGGUUGAAAGUUAUAGUAUGUUAUUAGAAAAUAUGGAUAAAGCCAAUAAGAAAUUGGAAUUAUUUGACGAAUAUAAAAAAAAAUAUAUAGAAUUUAAAAAGAAAUCUGAGAAAUUAGAAAAAGAUAACACAAGUUUAAAAAAAAAGAUUUUCUCUUUCUCUUGUCCUGGUUGUGGUAAAUUUAAUGAUAACAAAAAUAAUGAUAAUGAUAAUAAUAAUAAUAAUGAUAAUAAUGAUGAUAAUAAUAAUAAUAAUGAAACACAAUUAAAAACAUUAACUAGACGUAGAAAAAAAGUAAAUGAACAAGAUGAUCAUGAUGAUUUAGCUAAUCAAUUAAAUAAUAUACCAUCAUUUAAUGAUAAUGGAGAUUUAGAAAAUGAUAUUAAUAAUGAAGAUAAUGAAAUCAAUAAUAAUAAGGAACAUAAUAAUAAUAAUAAUAAUAAUGAUAUUGGAUUAAGUUACGAUGAUGAUAAUGAUAAUAUGACAAUCUCUCAAUUUGAAGAAAAUCAAAAGCAGUUAUUAGAAAAAGAAAAACAAUUAGAAAAAGAAAAAGAAUUAGAGAAAGAAUUAAAAAGGGAAAGAGAAAAAGAAAAAGAAUUGGAAGGUGAUAUAGAAUUUGAGCAAAUUAAUAGUGAUUUGUUUGAAAAUAGAGAUGUAGAUGUAAAUGUAAAUGUAAAUGUAAAUGAAAAUGUAAAUAAAAUUAAUGAAGAAUAUGAAGAAGAUUUUUGGGAGGAUGGAACCAAAGUACUUGAAACUAUUGCAGCAGCAACAACAACAGCAACAACAAAAACAACAUCACCACCAAUUAUAGCAGCAAAAACAACAUUACCACCAAUUAUAACAAAAACAACAUCACCUCCAAUUAUAGUAGCAACAACAACACCACCAAUUAUAACAACAACAACACCACCAAUUAUAGCAGCAGCAACAACAACCACAAAAACAACAACAUCAUCACCGCCAAUUAUAGCAGCAACAACAACAUCACCACUGCCACCAACUAUAAAAACAACAACACCAUCACUACCACCACCAAUUAUAGCAACAACAAAAACAACAUCACCACCAGCUAUAACAACAACAUCACCACCACCACCAAUUAUAACAACAACACCAUCACUACCACCACCAAUUAUAAAAACAACACCACCACCAAUUAUAAAAACAACAACAACAACAACAACAAUAACAACAACACCACCACCACCAAUUAUAACAACAAAAACAACAUCACCACCAAUUUUAACAACAACAACAUCACCACUAACACCAAUUAUUCAAACAAUACAACCACAAAAGAAAAACACCACUAUAAAUGCACCAAUUUUUAAAACCACCUCACCCCCAACCAUAACAACAACAACCACAAAAACAAUUUUACCACCGUCACCAACAAUAACAGCAGCAACAACAACUAUAACAUCACCACAACAACAAAUAUCAAUUUUAGAAAAUGAUACUACAAAAGAUAUUUUAAUGAAGGAUAAUGAUAAAAGUGAAAAAGAAUCUGAUGAAGAAAGCGAUGAUUCGGAUUCAGAGUCUGAACCAGAAACAGAAACAGAAUCAGAUGAUAACGAUAUUCCAGGAUUUGGUAGUGAGGAUGAUGAUAUAGGUAGUAAUUUAUUUGAAAUUGAUGAAAUGUUAACUAUCAAACAAAAACAAAUGGAAAUAAUUGAAAAAACAAAACAAGAACAAUUUGAAAAAGAAAAAUUAGAAAAAGAAAGACUAGAAAAAGAAAGAUUAGAAAAAGAAAGAUUAGAAAAAGAAAGAUUAGAAAAAGAAAGAUUAGAAAAAGAAAGAUUAGAAAAAGAAAGAUUAGAAAAAGAAAGGUUAGAGAGAGAAAGAUCACAAAAGGAAAAAGAAAAAUUAGAAAAAGAGAGGUUAGAAAAAGAAAAGUUAGAAAAAGAAAAGUUAGAGAGAGAAAGGUUACAAAAGGAAAAAGAAAGAAUUGAAAAAGAAAGAUUUGAAAAAGAAAGAUUACAAAAAGAAAGAUUAGAGAAAGAAAGAUUAGAAAAAGAAAGAUUAGAAAAAGAAAGAUUAGAGAGAGAAAGGUUUCAAAAAGAAAAAGAAAAGUUGGAAAAAGAACAACAAAAAGAAAGAUUAGAAAAAGAAAAAUUAGAUAAAGAGAGAUUGGAAAAAGAAAAGCUAGAACAACAAAAAGAAAAAGAAAGAUUGAUUGAAAAAGAGAGAGAUAUUGAAAAAGAAAGAGAUAUUGAAAUUCAAAAACAAUUAGAGAAUGAAAAACAAAAGGAAAAAGAGAAAUUGGAAAAUGAGAGAAAAUUAAAAGAGGAUCAAGUAUUUGAAAAGGAAAUUGAUAAGGAAAUUGAUAAAGAAAUUAAAGAAAUUAAAUCAAUUGAACUUGAGGUAUUUACACCACCACCACCAAUUACUAAACCUCAACCUAGUGCUGCUAAAAAAACAAUACCUAAAAAAUCAACAAUUUCUAAAACUACUAAAACAUUAAAUUUACCAACAAACAAUACUACUAAAAUACCUAAUGCUACCACCACUUCAACACCUACACCAAUAUCAACUGAAACAAUUUCAAAUCCAACACCAACAACACCAACAACACCAACAACAACACCAACAACACCAAAUCCAACAACAACACCAACACCAAUACCAAUAUCAAUAUCAAUUCCAGCAACACCAACAUCAGAAAUAAUUUCUAAUUCAACUACAACAACGCCAACAACAAACAAGGCAACAGAUAUAGUUACAACCCCAACUAAUUUUGAAACAACACCAAUUAUACUUACACCACCAUCGUCAUCAUCAUCAUCAUCAUCAUCAUCAUUAAAUAACCAAAUAACACGUGAUCCUUACUCAGUGUUGAAUGCAGUUUCAUCAGAUUUUUCAGUAUUUUCACCAAUUUCACCUGGUAUAUUUGAAACAACAAUUAAUAGUCCAUCACCAGAAAAGAAUAAAAAACAACCUCUUCAGCAAAAAUUGGCUGAAAAGAAUUUAGAAAAUAAGAUAAAAGCUGCUAAACCAAUACCAACACCAAUACCAACACCAAUACCAACACCAAUACCCACACCUACACCUACAACCAUCACUACAACUUUACCACCACCAAAAUCAACAAUACAAUCACCAAGUAAAAAUAAUAAAAGAAAAUUAUCAGAUACAGAAAUUGAAAAGAGUAGUACUGCAAUACAAACUUCUCAACCAAAUGAAAAAAGAAAUAAAUUAUUUGAUUCUUUACCACCACUUAUUACUCAACAAAAACAACCACCACAACCACCACAACUACCACAACAAACAACAACAGUAAAAAAACAAUCACAACUACCAAAACCAAAACCAAAAUCAAAACCAAAAUCAAAACCAAUUGAUAAGAGUCAACAUUUAACAUAUAAAUUUAUUGAUGAACAAUUAUCAAAAAUUCAAUCAUCAUUUGAUUCAAAUUCAAUUGAACCUGUAUAUAAAUCAUUAUCAUUAGAAUCAUGGAAAGAAAAUGGUGGUAAUGAAACAAUUUGGGUGAAAAAAUUAUUUUAUUCAAUUGUUGAACGUCUUUUAUUAAGUCAUUCAAUUAUUACAACAUCAACAACUACAACAACAACUAGUACUACAACUACAACAAACUCAACAACACAACCAUUACAUAAGAGUUUUCUUUCAAUGAUUUCAUUAAUUUGUAAAUUUAUAAAGAGUAAUGAUAAUUUUAAAUCUAAUUUCUUUAAAUUAAUGAUAAGUACAAUAUUAUUGAAAUCGAAAAUUUCAAAUUCAAUAAUAAAUUCAUUAUCAAUGAUAAAAGAAUCACAAUCAUUAUUUUUAUGUCAAGUUUUAUGUUCAGUUUGUCAAAUUUUACAACAAUUCUAUCCGAUUCAAACAUUACUUUAUGAAUCAUUAAAAGAAUAUUCAACAAUUAGAAUCGAUAUAUUCUUAAUCGUUCAAUCAAUUAUACCUUUAUUUUUUAAAUCAAAAGAUGGUGAUUAUUUGAUAAAAACAUUUAUUGCAAUUUUAAAUUUUAAAUUAUUAUCAUUAAAAGAUAAUUCAAUUAUUGCUAGGAAAUUUAAAAAAUUCUUUCAAUGUAUAAAUUUACCAAUUAAUAAUGAAUUUAAUUUAGAGAAUUAUUCAAAUGCAUUAAUUUUAAAACUUGAUGAAUUAAUUGAAAUUGUUGAAAAUAAUAGUAAUAAUAAUCAACAAGAACAAAAACAAGAAUAUCAAGAAAUAUUUACAAUAUUAUUAAGUUUAGAAUUAUUAUCAAUUUAUUUAGGUUGGAUUUGGUCUCAUAAUACAUUGAUUGCUACUAAAUUAUGGAUUUUAAUUGGUGUAUUAACAAAUGAAACUAUAAAAAAUCAAAUAAUCUAUUCAAUAGGUUUAAUGUGUUCAAAUAGUUAUAGUGAUUCAAUUGAAAAAGAAGGUAUUCAAAUCCUAAAGGAUAAUAUGUUAAAUUAUAUUCUAUUGGAUACUGAAAAUACUGAUUUUUCAUUCAAUUUCAAAAUGAAUACUGCUUUAUCAUUACAACAAUUUCCAAUUGAUAAAAAUGAUAUUAAUUCAAUGAAAAUUUGGUUUUCACAAUUAUCAAUUAAUGAAAAAUCAUUAUUUCCAAAAUUAUUUCAAUCUUUAUUUGGGCAAUAA